CCAUAAAUCAUUGCAUGACCAUCGAUCUUUGCUCAAGUCCAUGAUCUUUUUUUUCCAGUUCUGGAUUUGGCAAGCUUUUUCCUCACUCGCGCUACACUCAAUUACCAACGUUGACGACGCAGGCCUUUUUACGCCGCCUGGUGAAAACAAGUUCAGGCACUCGUCGGCGGCUGUUCCACCGUUACGCGAAGAAGCAGGCGGGAAGAGUAAGAUGAGCGUAACAAUCCACUGCGUUGCGGUGGCAUCCCGUCGGUUCCCUUCUGCGCAGCCGUUCGUUGACAUUUCUAUGGGGGCAGACAUUUCGUACGAAAACGUCCUUCUGGGAUGCUGCACAGGCGGGGUUCGCCGACCGAACGAUGUUUCCCCCCGGGCAGGGCCGGAUCCAUAGACACGUUUGAAGAGACACAGUAAUCAUCCUCCCGCGAGCCUGCUAUGGCCCUUCGCGAAGGAGCAGAAGCGGUGAUCGCCACCAGGCACAUGGGGUGUGUAUUAUAGAGCACAGGCGGUUCGGGCGCCGUAAAU